AUGGAUGUCCCCGGCAUCGCAAUGAUUACUGGUGCCGCAUCAGGCAUCGGGCGAGCCUGCGCGAAAGUUUUUGCCAAAGAAGGCGUAUCCGGACUAGCCCUGCUGGACCUGACUGAAGAAACUCUGCUAGCCGUCAAAUCUGAAAUCCAAGAGUUACAGCGAACCCUCGGCCAGACCAACCCCUGCCGAAUCGAGACCUACCCAACCAACGUCGCCGACGAAGCUCGCGUCAACGAGGUUAUCGAAACUGCUGCGCAGACAUUUGGCCGCCUCGAUUAUGUCGUCAACGCAGCGGGUAUUGCAAUGAAACACCAAGGUGGUGCAGCCUUCGCGGAAACCGCGGAUUGGGAGCGAAUUCUAGACGUCAAUCUCACGGGGACAUUCUUCGUUCUCCGCGCUGCAGCAAGAAUUAUGCUGAAGCAAGAACCUAUCAAAUCCAGCAUCGAUGGUCGAUCCUUGCAACGGGGCUCUAUCGUGAACUUUUCCUCGAUUCAGGGUAUCGUGGGUAUUCCCUUGUCGACUGCGUAUACUGUGACCAAACAUGCCGUAAUUGGGUUGACGAGAACGGCUUCGGAGGACUAUGCAAAGGAUGGAUUGAGGAUUAACGCUAUUUGCCCUGGAUAUACGGAGACGCCUCUCACGACCAAGUCACCGGCUAUCCUGCAGGCCAUGGUGGAGCGUGUCGCGACCGCAGUGCCGAUGGAGCGAAUGGGCCGGCCGGAGGAGAUUGUGGAUGGAGUUUUGUAUCUCGCAGGAGGUCGGAGUUCUUUUGUAACGGGGACUGCUCUGAUGGUUGACGGCGGAUAUACGCAGCGAUAA